AUGUCACAUGGCUUAUGGAAUGCAAAGAAGCUCAUUUAUGCAGCAGCAUUGAUUAUAUCAAUAUGCCCGGUCCAAAGUAUCAUUCUGGAUCUCAGCCAGCAAGAGUUCCCGCCUUUUAUAGAUAUUUUUGUCGGAACCUUUAGGGAUGGUGGUAUUUAUAGGAUGUUUCAUUCACACGGCCCCCGAGUCACCGUUGUCAAAUAUGGUGACCACAUUUUGUCCGGUUCAAGACGUCAUUCGUCAGUCCCUAUAGAUAUAUAUGUUCAAGACUAUAGGCAUGAAGGUCGUCAUAUUAUUUCAGUUAGUCGUUUCAACCCAUUAAAUUGGAAGUUGGUGCGAACAACUUUUUAUGAAAAGGGUUCCACGAAAUGCAAGAUCAUAAAUCGUGAAUUAAAGGAUAAAUUUGUAGGAGGCCAUAUGUCAUUAACUUUAGAUCUAGAUGCAGAUAAGGUUCAUCCAUACAUCGUGCCAGCGAUUAGUAAGAAAAAAGGAGAUAUGUGGUACCGCGUUGCACUAAUAUAUUCUAAUCGAGGGAUGUACACAAUAAAUCACAUGAGGUCCCCUAGAGAGCAAAUCACGAUCUCCCCUAUUCUCAAUGUAGACAGGGAAUUCCGAGAUAGCAACAGUCCCCCAUCGUCUCUCAGUUGCCAUUGCGCUAAAGUCUAUAUUUCGCCUGGAGGUAAUGAAAUGCGAAUCUUUAUCUAUCAUGAAAAUCAUAUUGUGCCAUAUCUAACAAAGCUGCCUCCCAUUGUGAAUCAUAUUUUCAAGUCACAAAAUAUACUGAAUUAUCAGUGCAGAUACGCUGUGAAGCGACGGGCGUCUACUUCGUUACAAACAAUUAGCAUAAUUAUAGAUAUCUCUAGCACGUUCACCAGCGUCCCAGAUAUUGUCAUUCUAGCCAACCUAAAAAGGGGAGAUUGGCUGUACACGCAACACAGCUUUCUACCCCUAAGCGACCAGAACGUUAUAUUAGUUAAAGUUGUGAAUUCGGAGAAGCGCUGCGAGAUAUACGAAACAGAUGAUGAAACAUUCGUGACGCACGUCGAAGUAUUCGAUCAUGUCAAAAGCAGCACGCAAUACGUGGUAGUAAACACCACCACGCCAUCUAAAACUGCAGGGCUGGGUGAACCUCGAUUUGAAAAAAACAAAAGGGUCUACAAACGCACCUACGGGGAGGAAGGUGUGGUCUAUUUUGAUAUUAACCAAGUCUGGCUGGAGCCGUAUCUAGACAUGCUCUAUAACAUCCCAAUAGGGCCUGGCGCUGAUAAACAAGAUGCACGUGAGAUAAUGGUGGACACGCUUUUAAUGUGA